AUGGGCACUCUGUACAAGGGCCACUACGGCCAUGAGACAGGAGUGACAGCUGACGCACGAUGCUCAGCUAGCAGUGCAAGCUCUCGCCGGGCUAUCAUUGACUCUCUACGCAAGCCGUCCCCCUUUGCGCGAGUUGGCCAGCUUGGCUCUGCCGAGUCGCCUGCCAUCACAAUAACAGAACCUGCGGCGAUAGCAAGUACCAGCAGAAAGCAUGGAAUGCCGAUCUCGAACGCAAAACAUAUGCCCGCACGCAGGAUAUCAAAGUCAAAGAAGCCACUGACGACGAUCAGCGUCGGACGGACGAACAACAAAGCUAUACGUAGCUUCAGUGGUAGCAGUCCCGAGCGGGCCAUCAUCGUUGACGACGCUGUGAGGGACACACAAAGGAAAAGCUCGCCCAAAUCCAUACAUCCGCCGCGAGCGCCUCGCAAGCCCUCAGGAGAUGAUGACGUGAUCUGGCUACCUCGGGCACCAGCAAAAAUCAGAAAGUCGCUCGAGCCACGAGCAGAUGGGGACAGCAAGCCACGAGAGCCUGAGAGACCUCCGCCCCAGCUUUCACGAGGCAAGUCGCCUGAACGGCCAAUUCCAUUCGCAGAACCGCGGCCUGGGCCAGCCAUCGUCGAAGUCCUCACAGACUCUGCGAUCUCACGGAAAGCGUUUUCUGCGACAUAUGAAACACCUGUGCCCCGGAAACGCCAGCCAGAGCCUUGCACAUGCAGACCAAGGUCAGACUUACGCAGACUAUUGACACUUUGCGAGCAAGAGCAGCCAUACACAUUCGAUUCCUUUGUCGGUCAAUUUCCACUCGUGACACUCUGCGCAGAUCAAGUGCUCAGCUGGCGUAAGAUUGGCGAAGCAUCCUACUCUGAAGUCUUCACGGCAUCAGCAAACGCAUGGUACUCUCAUGCGACGAGCACUGUUGUCAAGAUCAUACCAAUCGUCUCACCCUCGCCGAAUGCGAACAUGGAACUCGCAGCGACAUCGCAGCCUGCCGAUAUCGAGCGUGAAAUCGAGAUCAGUUACUUGCUCGAGCAAUCGCACGUACCGGGCUACGCUAAGCUCAGAGGAGCGUAUGUUGUGCAAGGAAAAUACCCCGAAGAGCUCAUGCAGCAAUGGCAAGCCUAUAUGGAGACUGGCAAAUCGCUCAACCCGAGCCCGGAACUCUUUGACGAUGAGCAAGCAUACGCAAUCCUGUGCCUCACUCAUCACGGCAAGGACCUCGAGCUAGCAAAGCUCAAAAAUUGGACAGAGGCGGCCAGUGUGAUGUGGCAAGUUGCAAAGUCCGUCGAGGCGGCAGAAGAGGCUUGCUCCUUCGAGCAUCGAGAUCUGCAUUGGGGUAACGUCCUGAUCUCUCGCGAGCCGCCCGAGAAGACGGCAGAUCAAGACUUUGUGGCUUCCUUCGGACGAAUGCGAGUCGCCUCGUCAUCGAAACAGUCGUGGCCCACUUGUCUCGACAACACAGAGACCGGUAUUACUGCCACAAUCAUUGACUACACGCUUUCCAGAGCAACGCGUAAAUCUGGCGAUUUCUUGUCGGGCGGUUUCGAAGAUGAGAGCGUAUUCGAAGGACAAGGCGAUCUGCAAUUCGACAUCUAUCGGCAGAUGCGAGAGAUUUGUCAAGACGACUGGUCAGUUUACGUCCCCUUUACCAACCUGCUUUGGCUUCACUACUUGGGCACCAAAAUCUUGAAUGAGAAAGCACCAAGAACACUUGCAUCCCGCACAAGUCUCGGUUUUGGCUUUAUGAGCCGGCCAGUAUUUGCUUCGCCCGGUAUAGCGACUGCGAAGCGCGCGAGCGCCGUCGACAAGACUGCCGAAUUGCGCGCGCACCAGUUCUUGCUCGAUGCCGUUUCCAACCUAUCGAACGAGAUCGAGCAAACGCUUGACCGAGUUCGUAGCCAACGCAAAGCUCGCCAAGGUCGAGCGGGUCGACGCAGUCGUGCUGCUAGUCUGGUGAACUCUGGCGUGAUUUCGAGCUCCUGGCAAUCGGCAGGCGACUUCGCCAAUUGGAUCCGGCACUAUGAGGACCUCGACCUCAUGCUCCCAGAAGACGAGGACUAG